CAAGAAACAAAAAUGGAUGUUUUAUUAUCCUUAAACUCAAGCUUAAGCCUUAUCAACAUUUCAAAACCAUACAAACAUCAUCAUAACCUUCAACAUUCUAAUAAUCAUCAAAGACAACCUCGUACAACACACUUUUCUGUUUCAUGCCGAGCCACAAAAAAUGUUCCCAUUAAUCAAAAGCUACAAGAUGAUGAAGAUGGAAACUUGUACAAGAUACUAUCUUUGAGUCCUAAAAGUGCAACAAUGGAUGACAUAAAGAGAGCAUAUAGAACAAUGGCGCUUCGGUAUCAUCCCGAUGUUUGUCACGAUCGAAUGAAGAAAGAGGAAUCGACGAGGAUGUUUGUAAAAUUGAAUGAAGCUUAUAAGAUAUUGUCGAAUCCAAAGCUUAAAGAAGAGUAUGAUUGUAAGUUAUUUGGUUUGGAUGAUUUGAGAAGAAGUAGGUGGAUGGAACAAGUUGUUGAAUUGAAUAGAAGGUCUCAUACACAUAGAGGUGGUGCAUCAUGGGGUAGUAGAAUGAGAGCCAAGAACAAUAUCAAUAUAGAUGAUCAUAAUAACUAAUUUUUCAAUAUAAUUAAUAUUA